CCAAGUUUCCGUCUUCUCAUGCCCCAAGGCUGCCUAUAAAGAGAAGAGAUGGCUUAGACCCCAGAAAGAGGUAGCAGCUGCAAGUCCCACGUCCCAACUCUACUUGGCCACCACGUCAGCUCACACUCUGCAUGCCCAGCAUCAUGGAGUUUCCCACUGCUGCCCUUGCUGUCCUGCUCCUCACUGCAGCCCUCUGCUCCCAGACCUGCUCUGCCUUAUUUGGUGCCAACACCCCAACUUCCUGCUGCUUCUCCUAUAUAUCCCGGCAGAUUCCGCGCAAGUUUGUGGAUGACUAUUAUGAGACCAGCAGCCAGUGCUCCAAGCCCGGUGUCAUCUUCCAAACCAAAAGAGGCCGGCAGGUCUGUGCGAAUCCCGAUGAUGUGUGGGUCCAGAAAUACAUCACCGACCUGGAGCUGAAUGCCUGAGUGCCCUGGAAGCAGCAAGGAAGGUGUUACCUGUGUGGGCGGAUUGGGGAGCAGGGGCCUGGGCCAGGCAAUGAUUCCGGAAGCCACCUCUUCUAUAGAUCACUGCCCAACCCACUCUGGGGACCUCCUUAACUUUAAUUUUACUUUAUGUAUCUCAUUUAAUUUUUGUAAUUUAUUUCACUGUUGCACUUUGUUCUGUGAUGAAUUUUUGGCACUGUCCUCACUCUCCCCUUUCCUCUUGAAUUCUUCUCACAUUCAAUAGGUGGGUCAAUGAGUGUGAUUAUAGUUUUCUCUUGGAGAAAUUGUACCAUAUGUAUCAAACAACAAAUAUUUGCUAGCAUUGCCUAGCAUUGUGUUUUAAAAUAUUGACGACAUACAAAAGAUAAACCUUGUGUGUAUUUUC